UAUCAAAGCUAAGCUGGAGCAAAGUUGAGAUCACAUCAAAACUUUGUGAAAAUUAUGAUGUCAGAAACAAGACGGUUGGAGCGAUUGGAGAAAUCCGUGGAGAAAUUACGGAUUGAUUUUCAGAAAUUGCUCGAACAAAGUCAAGGACGACGUCAACGCCAUCACAAAAGCCGAAGGGACCGCCGCCCGUCACCGCCACUGCCGAUGCCGCUGCCGAGCCUAUUCCCGGAGGAAGAGGAAGAGGACGACGAUGACUUUUUCGAAGAACCCCAAAUUUUUGUGAGUUCGCCGGAAGAAGAAGAAUCGGAUUCAACUGAGAUAAAGUGGGACGAAGAGUCGAAAGAAGAAGAAUCGGAGUCAACUGAGGUAAAGUGGGAUGAAGACGAGAAAUUAACCAGGGAGGAGAACGAAGAGACACAAUGGAUAUUAGGAAAUUUUCAUGGUGUUCAAAAGAAAGAAGACGAAGAACCGAUGGUCAGUUUGGAUGAGAUAAAAUCUAAAAAGACGAUUGAAGCUAAAAUGGCCUGUGGAAUUUCAUUGGAUCAGCAUGAACAAUGUGUUAAAAAGCUUGGUCGUUCAUCGUGUUUUUCGGAGUCAAUCGGGAAGCAAGUUGAUAAGCAAGUCGAUGAAGUCAAACAUAGGUGGAAACGCAAAGAAGAGGGACCAAAUUGACUCGAACCUUGAGGACAAGGUUCAUUUCAAGAGGGGUGGUUUGAUACGAUAUAUUAUUAAAUAUAUCGUUUAAUUAUUAGUUAGUCAGUAUUUAAUUAUUAAUUAAAUAGAAUAGUUGUUUAGGGUUAUAGAUGGCCGUGAGUUAGUAGUGGUUAGGAGAUUAUUAGGUAUUUAAUUAGUAUAGGUAAUUACAUUUC